GAAGCUCUAGAUCAAAGAUGCUAAUCUUUGGUGCUUGAGCCGUUCCUGAAGCUAACAGCCAUCCAUGUAUUCUGCUCAAGUCUAAAGGAUGGAUCAUAAAGACCGGACUUAGCUAGAGUGCCCUCAAGACACAAUGCUAUCAUUGUCUAGGAUGGCUUUUCUAUGGUUAGACCCACCUGGAAACACAGCCAAGCUAUUCUAUUUGGUCGCCAUGUUUCUUUCCAUUGAUGCUGAAGCUUCUGAGUUCUGAAGAGAACCAAGGGGUUCCGUGAAAAGGCAACGAUGGCGAAUUGCUGUUGGCUGUGCCUCAAAUGCUUGUUCUGCUUCUUCAACAUCCUUUUGUUUCUUGUGGGCGCUACCAUGCUCAGUUUAGGCCUCUGGCUUUUGAACACCAAGAGCCCCUACAUUUUCCUCCUGCAGGCUAUGUUCGACUCCUUCCAAAGCCUGGUGUACAUUUUCAUCCUUGUUGGCGCUUUCACCAUGUUUCUCGGCUUAUGGGGCAGCCUAGGACUCCUCUAUGAUGUGCAAUUCGUUUUGAGCAUCUACAUCCCCCUCCUGAUCUUCACUGUCGCCUUCCACUUUUUCCCCGGCUUAUUCAUGAACUUCCAACAGAAGAAGAUUGAAGACAAGCUCACCAAGAACAUCCUCGGCCUCAUCCAGAACUAUAACCCAAUGGACCGGGCCAACCAGCACAGAGAGAUAGCCUGGGAUUAUGCUCAGGUCCAACUGUCUUGUUGUGGCUGGACCGGGCCAGAAAACUGGAAAAACAACACAUUUUUCCAGGAUCAAGUGGGAAUCUACCCGUGUUCUUGCAGCAGCCACCCAGCCAGUUUCCAGCCGGUCCUGGGCGUCUGCAGGUUGACCGCCGUUUCCCAUAAAUCGGUGGAUGAUUGGCCUGUGACAAAACAGGGAUGCGGUACGCUUGUGCAAAAGCGGUUCAAGAAGGUCGCGAACACUGUUUUCGUCGUCUCCUUUGUCGUCCUGUUCUCUGAGAUUCUGGGAAUCGGCCUUUCAUUUUACAUUUGCGCAGGCCGAAACAUGUACGUUGAAGGUCACAGCUGAAUCUCCCAGGGGGAAGAUGGCGGUGGCUAAG